CUAAAAGAUGAAAACAAUUCCUCCUGUAAUUUUAUUUAUUGAGUAGCAUUCUUUGCAGCUUUCAAUCAAAACCAAAUCUACCAUUUGCUUUUCCUGAAACAAGAAAAAAAAAUGGUCGCAGUCUACAACAAAGAACUUCUCAGUUGGUACCUUAUCACUCUAAAACUUAGAGAAACAGUAGAAUCUGCGAUCCCAACACCAUCUUCAGGUACCCAAUUGGUUCAAUUUCCAGAGCAGCCUCAACAGACGCCAUCAGAGCUACAAAAACAAACACCAUCAGAACCUGACACUAUUAAAGAUGAAACUGCCUCACCGGAUUCUGAAUGGGUUAUAUCCAUCAAAGAAAAACUGGAAGAAGCUAGCCACGAUGAAGAAGCAAAUUCAUGGGCGAAAUUAUGCAUAUACAGAGUUCCUCAUUACUUAAGAGAAGGAGAUGAUAAGGCUUAUGUUCCUCAGGUUGUCUCUUUAGGGCCUUACCACCAUGGAAAGAGACGUCUACGCCAACUGGAUUGCCAUAAAUGGCGUUCCCUUCACCAUAUGCUAAAGCGUACCAAUAAAGAUAUAGAGCUUUUUCUUGAUUCUAUGAGGGAACUCGAAGAGAAAGCUCGUUCUUGUUACGAAAGCAAAAUUAGUCUUAGUAGUAAUGAAUUUGUAGAAAUGAUGGUUCUUGAUGGUUGUUUUGUUCUUGAACUUUUUCGAGGUGCUGCAGAAGGAUUUAAACAAUUGGGUUAUGCAAGAAAUGAUCCUAUUUUUGCUAUGCGUGGAUCUAUGCAUUCUAUUCAAAGAGACAUGAUAAUGUUGGAGAAUCAGCUUCCACUCUUUGUUCUUGAUCGCUUACUUGGUCUUCAAUUUGAUCGUCCUGACAUGAAAGGAAUAGUAGCUAAGCUUGCAUUAAGAUUUUUUGAUCCAUUAAUGCCAACAGAUGAGCCAUUGACCAAAAGCGAAAAGAGUAAGUUAGAAUCUUCUCGUGGAUAUUCAAAUGCAACAUUUGAUCCUUUAGCAGAUCAAGAAGGAUUGCACUGUCUUGAUGUUUUCCGAACAAGUCUUCUUCGCAGAGGGCCUACGCCUGUUCCAAGAAUUUGGAUCAAAAGAUGGUCAAAUUCAAAUCGAGUUGCUGAUAAACGUCGAACACAAUUGAUUCACUGUGUUACAGAGCUUAAAGAAGCAGGUAUCAAGUUUAAGAAAAGGAAGACUGAUAGAUUUUGGGAUAUAAAAUUCAAGAAUGGUGUUCUUCGAAUGCCUCGUCUUCUAAUCCAUGAUGGUACUAGGUCACUUUUCCUUAAUCUGAUAGCAUUUGAGCAAUGCCAUUUAGAUUGCAGCAAUGACAUUACAUCAUAUAUAGUGUUCAUGGAUAAUUUAAUAAACUCACCACAAGAUGUUGCUUACCUUCAUUACUGUGGAAUAAUCGAACAUUGGCUUGGCAGCGACGCAGAAGUUGCAGAUCUCUUUAACCGACUGUGUCAAGAGGUGGUUUUUGACAUAAACAACAGUUACCUUUCUCGCUUGUCUCAGGAUGUUAACCAGUAUUAUAAUCACCGAUGGAAUACUUGGCGAGCUAGUCUCAAACAUAACUAUUUCGGUAAUCCUUGGGCGAUCAUUUCAUUAGUUGCUGCUGUUGUGUUGCUGUUGCUUACCUUUGCGCAGACUUUCUAUGGAGUUUAUGGCUAUUACAAGCCAGCUUCUUGAGCCUUCUGUCUCUUUUCUUUGGACUUGUAGUUGCUGAAAUAAGAAUAUUUAGCCUACAAGAAAAAUUUGCUGAAUGCCAUUUCAUAACAAAAUAGUCUAACUUGAUUGUUUCACAAGAAAAUAAUGGAACUAUACGACAGGUUUGGUUUGUUUGCUUGCUUGUUUCUUACCACUUAUUUGGCAAACCUUCAACAAAAUUCCUUCAAUUUUAUCAAACAUGCAAUUUUUUAUUGUACCUAUUUGAUAAAUGUUAUUAGAGUUUCGUUA